AUGGCUCCUCAUGCGGGGUUCGACGCCGAACAGAUCAGAGACAAGGCUCGAAAGGACCUUCUUUAUCUUCUCGAAGGCGUUCGCGGGAAGAAGAAUCUCGUCAUCGAGCGUAGCUUGGCUGGCCCAAUCGGUGUCGUAGUCAAGGUAUCAACCCUACAAGAUUAUGGCGUAGACAAGUUCUUCAUCCUCGAAAAUAAGAAUGCCGACACGAGCCAACGCAAUGUCGUGUUUAUGGCAAGAGGGGAGUCUGCCCGCCACGCUCAAUCCAUAGCAGAGCAUAUUAAGCGGCUACAACGCGAAAGCCAGACCGGUCACGAAUUCCACAUCUUCUGGGUACCCCGCCGUACCCUGGUAUCUGAUAAGCUCUUAGAGGAAGCCGGUGUGUUAGGCGAUGUGAACAUUGCGGAGCUCCCGUUAUAUUUCUUCCCGCUUGAGCGAGAUGUCCUAUCCCUAGAGCUCGACGACUCUUUUCAGGAUCUUUUUCUGUUCAAAGAUACAACACCAACAUUUCUGAUGGCGAGAGCCUUGAUGGGAAUUCAAUCUAAACACGGACUAUUUCCGCGCGUCAUUGGAAAGGGCGACAAUGCGAAGCGCGUGGCGGAACUACUCGCUAGAAUGCGACAGGAGAUACUGGCUGGGGAGGAUGCGAGUGAAAAUGCCCGGUCUGGGCUUACACCAAGCAACACGAUAGAAAGUGUCAUAUUGAUUGACCGCGAAGUCGAUUUCGUUACGCCCUUACUCACGCAACUGACAUACGAAGGGCUGAUUGAUGAGGUCUGGGGGAUUCAGAAUAAUCAAGCUGAUAUUGAUUCUACUAUCGUGGGAGCUCCGCCACAACCCGCAUCUCAGAGCGCGUCUACUCCGACAGCUAAUGCCCCUUCGAGGAAGCGUAAAAUACAACUGGACUCUUCAGAUAAACUCUACGACGGACUCCGCGAUGCAAACUUCGCAAUUGUUGGUACACUACUCAACAAGGUUGCACGGAGGUUGCAAAGCGACUAUGAUAGCCGCCAUGCAUCUAGGACAACCGCGGAGCUUAAAGACUUUGUGAAAAAGUUACCCGGAUAUCAAACAGAGCACCAGAGCUUGAAAAUACAUACUGGGCUUGCUGAGGAGAUUAUGAAACAUACACGAGCAGAUCAAUUCAGUCGCAUGCUAGAGGUCCAACAGAACCUCGCUGCGGGUGCCGAUCCCAGCUCCCAAUUUGAGGCUAUUGAAGAAUUAAUCGCAAGAGAUGUGCCGUUGCAAGAGAUAUUGAGGCUCUUAUGCGUAUACUCAUGCAUAUCCGGUGGUAUCAAAACAAAAGACUUCGAUCAUUUUAGACGCUUGAUAUUAGAAGGCUACGGGUACCAACAUUUCUUAACCUUAGUUAACUUGGAAAAGCUGCAGCUAUUCUUAUCUCGCGCCUCGCCUAUGGCAAGCAUGAUCCCUAUGCCCGGCUCGGGGACGACAGCCGGAACUAAGACAAACUACGCCUACUUACGCAAGCAGCUUCGUUUAAUCGUUGACGAAGUGAAUGAGCACGACCCUAACGAUAUCGCAUAUGUAUAUAGUGGCUAUGCGCCCCUUUCGAUCCGUCUCGUACAAUGUAUACUGCAGAAGCAAUAUCUCCUUUCCAUUACACGUGGCAACGGGACGACUGGCGCAAGCACAGCUGCUAGCAGUGGUGCGCAAGGGUGGCGAGGUUUCGAUGAGGCUGUGAAACAUGCACGAGGCCAGACGUUUGACGAGCUACAGAAGGGCGAAGACAAAGCAGUCAAAGCUCGAGCCCUAUUAUCUGGAGGUGGCGACAAGAAGACGGUGUUUGUUGUAUUCGUGGGAGGAAUAACAUUUACCGAGAUCGCUGCGCUACGAUUUAUCGCAAAAAAGGAAGAAGGUAAGAGGAAUAUUGUAAUCUGCACGACUUCAAUCAUUAGCGGGAAUAAGAUGAUGGAUGCUGCGGUAGAGAAGAAAUCAUUUGCGAAGGAGCCACCUAAGCCGGCUGCUGCUUCAACUCUUCCGGCAGCUCUCCUUGCGGACUCCUUCAAAUCAUAUAAUCCUGGGCUAUCUGCCUCAAGAGACACCCCGAAGACAGAAUCUGAAAUAGUUGUUCGAAUUGACGGUAUGGACGUAUUUCCGGACGAUAUGGCCUCUGCGCCUGUAUCACGACAAGAUCCCGCGUCUCAUCAUAGUCAAUCACCGUCAAUAAAUUCCAAGUCUUCAAAGGCUCACGAGAACUCUGGAACUUCAUUCGGGUCAUCAACUUCGACCAUGUCAGAUCAGUCAGAAUUGACAUCUCCACCAUCAUCGUCGCAUUCAAGUAAAGCGACGACGCCGAUUGACAUGGAUUCGUUGCAAGAACCGCUAGGGACCCACAUCGACAAUAAAACCACCACUAAGACAAAAAGACGCCCAUUCGACGUGCGACCACGAGUAUCUAUCCCGACAGACAUCUCUCCACAAGAGUAUGCCAACCAAUGCAUAGCCGCAGCCGAGUCUUCUCGACUAAAUCCUUAUGCUCUACAUCAGGAUGAGUACUUGAUGCUGAGAAACCAUCUCAGUCAUGCUCAGGUGACUACCUAUCUGAACAUCCGAAACGGGAUCCUACGAUUAUGGUUGAAUAACCCCCGAAUCGGAGUUUCUCGUGAAGAAGCUGUUGGAUGUGCCAAAGAUCCAAGGUGGUUCGACGCUGCAAGCGUAUGCUACGACUGGCUCGUCCGAUCAGGAUAUAUCAACUUCGGCUGCGCAGAAGUUUCCUCAGCUCGGAAGCGGCCGACGAAUGCCAAAACGAGCAAAAAGGGAAAGACAGUAGUUGUCAUUGGUGCCGGGAUGGCUGGCCUGGGGUGUGCGAGGCAAUUAGAGAGCUUAUUUGGCCAAUAUGAUAAACAAUUUCAGAAUUCGGGAGAGGAAGCUCCGAGGAUAAUUGUCCUCGAGGGUCGAAAUCGCCUAGGCGGUCGUGUGUACUCACGUGCACUCGAUGGUAGCAAAAGUCAACAUCUGAUAGGAUUUCAAGGCCGGCGGCAUAGUGUGGAAUGUGGAGGCAUGAUUAUCACUGGAUUCGAGCGAGGUAAUCCACUAAAUAUUCUAGUGAGAGGACAGAUGGCAUUGCCUUAUUAUGCUUUACGACCGGACACCACCCUCUACGACGCCAAUGGCAAGGCUGUGGAUGAUGUACGGGAUCGCCUUGUCGAAAAGCUCUACAACGAUUGCCUUGAACGAGUAAGCGACUAUAAGUUUAAGAACCCGCCGUCCAAGCUCAUUGAAGGCAACAAGGACUUGAUGGAUGAAGGUCGAGAUAGUUCAGCUGAAGGUCAAAAGACUAUCGCUCAGGUCGAGGAGGCAACGGCUGCUCUCCCGCAAGCACCACCGGUCUCAGAGCAGAGCUUAGGGCCCCAAAUUAGUCUUGUCCCCGUCUCUACGGACCGAGCAACUGGUAGAACCCAUGUUGAGCCGGGUACCCCAGCUACCCUCAAGGCAGCCUUUAAAGCGCGUCUGAUGGGUUGGGCGCUCAAGGAACAUGUGACUGAGGACUAUGAUUUAGACCUUGAGAAAGCAGCCAAAGCUCCUGAUGCCACCCUUGGCUCUGUCAUGGACGAGGCAAUUACGCAGUACAAGAAUAUCGUUGAUCUUACGCCCCAAGACUUUCGACUUAUGAAUUGGCACAUAGCCAAUCUCGAGUAUAGCAACGCAACCAAUUAUAAUCAACUGAGUAUCGGAGGCUGGGAUAUCGAUGCUGGUAACGAGUGGGAAGGUAAACACACAAUGGUAAUUGGUGGCUACCAAGAUGUCGCAUGGGGUCUGGCAAAUAUGCCUUCGCGACUAGACGUUCGGAAGAAUACCAGCGUCAGACAAAUAUUCUACGAUCCCGAUGGACUAAGAGCUGCACGUGUCGAAUGUGAAGAUGGCUCGACCUUUGAGGCAGACUAUGUGGUUUCCACAAUUCCUCUCGGAGUUCUCAAACAUGGCAAUGUUGAAUUCAACCCUCCUCUGCCGCCUUCUAAAGCAGGCGCUAUUAGUCGCUUAGGUUACGGUAUCCUUAACAAAAUUAUUCUAGUUUACGCAGAGGCUUUUUGGGAUACGAGCAGAGACAUCUUCGGCUGCCUACGAACUCCAAAUUCUCGCCAUAGCCUCAAGCAGUCUGAGUACACUUCACAGCGUGGGCGUUGCUUCCAGUGGUUUAACACGUCAAAUACAAGCGGCAUCCCAGUACUUAUUGGGCUGAUGGCUGGAGACGCUGGCUUUGAUACUGAACAUUCUAACAAUGAUGAGCUCGUGGCUGAAGCCACCGAGGUCCUCCGGAGUGUAUAUGGUGCUAAAGUUCCCCAACCGAUCCAUUCGAUCGUCACACGCUGGGGUUCUGAUAAAUUUGCCCGAGGGUCUUAUUCCUCUGCCGGCCCUUCGAUGCGUCCGGACGACUAUCAAACGAUGGCUAAACCAGUUGGCAACCUAUUCUUCGCAGGCGAGCACACAACCGAGACUCACCCCGCCACAGUACAUGGCGCAUACCUAUCUGGACUACGUGUAGCGUCGGAAGUAAUCGAUACCAUGAUCGGCCAAAUCGAGGUCCCCACUCCGCUGAUACUACGGAAAGAGUCCGCCUUCUCUUCCCAGGGGUUGAAGCGCAAGGAGCCUGGAGAUGGUCCAUCAGUCAUCUCUCCCAAAUCCAACAAACAGGCUCGUAUUGACGAGUAUGAAGCCGCCGCUUGGCGACAUGUCGUAGCGCAAAUCGGGGAGCGACCUUGGCGACCCCAGAAAGUUGCGGGAAAUGCCUAUCUCCUAUAUAGCAAGGCAUUCUUCGAGACGGCACGCAAGCGGUGUGCAGAGGGCCGCCGAGCUGGUAAGGGCAAGCCGGGCCCAAACGAAGUACGAGUCAUGACAAGUAAGAUGUGGAAGGAGGCGACUCCUGAAGAUCGAAAGCCGUUUGAAGAUCAAGCGUCCGAUCAAAAGCAGAAGUAUAAUGAAGCAUUAAAGGCCUGGGAGGCGAAGGUCAAGGAGUGGGAUCAGCGUUACCCCGUAGUAAGGGGCGAAUAUGAAAAAGACCAUAAGCUCGUGUUCGAGGACGAGGGAAGCCCUACUAGUGAGAGCGGAAGGGAACGGAGACGCGCCAAGGUCAGCAACUAUGCUGAGAGUGAGGGAAGUGAUAUCGACAUGGAGAAGUAA